AUGGUAUCAUUCGGUCUUGCAGCUUUUGUAGCAAUUGUGUCUGUGGCUAGUGCUUAUCCGACCAGAGGCGGAGGCGAGUGCAACGGAUUAGCAGAGGUGUAUUAUCCUGUCCAGACAUGUCUUGGAGUCGAUGAGUACAAGUAUUUUUCUUGUAAUGCUCCAGGAAUUGUCUCAAACAGCUCAUGCUGUUACGAAAAUUACGGAAUUAUCAUGCAAACUCAAUUCUGGGACUUCAAUCCUGACUACCUCAAGGGAAUUCUGAAGAGAACACCCGAACGCUCAUAUUCCAGUGACGUCAACCAGACAUUCACCAUUCACGGGCUUUGGAAUGACCGCUGUGACGGUUCUUAUGACCAGUUCUGUAAACCAGAAUUGGAGUUUACCGAUUCUGACAAUCUUGAAAAUGUAAUUGUCAAUCAAUUUGGAAGACAAGACUUGUAUGAUUUGAUGAUCAAGUACUGGAUCAAUGGGACCGUUGCUGGGUCUCAAUCACUUUGGCAACACGAGUACAAUAAGCAUGGAACAUGUUUCAAUACUUUGCAGCCAAACUGUUUCCUUGGACCCUAUACAAAAUUUGAGAAUGCCGUAGCAUAUUACCAGAAAGCUGUUGAGGUGUGGAGCGGAUUGCCCACCUACAAGUUCUUGGAACAAGCAGACAUUGUUCCAACCACCGAAAAGAAGUACAACUUAAGCGAUGUUCAAAAUGCUUUGGCUUAUGGACAUCAUGGGAAACAAGUGUAUGUUGGAUGUUCGCAGGGUGCCAUUUCAGAGAUUUGGUACUAUCACGAAGUCCGAGGAAAUGUAUUGAAUGGCCAAUAUAAGGCUACCGAUACCUUGACGAAGUCUUCGUGUCCUGGGGAGGUUUGGUAUCUUCCAAAGUAA